UUGUGUCUAUACUUGAGUAACGAGCUCUUUCGCCGGACGGAAGACGCUUGAACUUCCCACUAUACGUCAAAACCUGCCUACCAUGGGAAGACUUAUCAAAAAUCACUGGGCGCGACUUAUUAUCCUUACAGCCUCAGCUUACCAAAUUGGUGGGGCGAUCGAAGGAUUUAUCUGGCCGAAGGUGUUCUGGGACUUUAUGACGCUCAAUCUGAACGGCGCUGUGAAUCCGGUCCCUGUUCUUCAAAUCCUAAACCUCCUCUUGGGCCUACUUGGACUUGCAUGGGAAUGGCCUUUGAAAUAUGUCGCCGGCUCCCUCGCGCACCGCAGCAUCGAAUUUCGGUUGAUCUUCUAUCCCCUCAGCGCUCUCCUCUCCAUGCUCCUCUACCAGGGAACGGACCCUGCUCUAUACUACCUUAUUGGGAUCGGGGUAUAUUUCUGGGCCUACAGUGAGGGCGAGGUUGUUUGCCCUGUACCAUGGACCCUCCCGAAACGAAGCGAAUACAAGGUAUAGCAACAACUUGUACCAACACGAAACCUGACACUUGACGACCACGACAUGAUAUGAUUUGAUGAAACGAUACCCAGCGAUGCUAGUAUAUCGGUAAUAUGUGCUUUAUGGAGUUUGGACAGAUAAAAGGUCCUCUUUCAGUCAGUGAUGACUGUCCAGCUAUUGACCUGGAUGUGGCAGUUAUAUAAGGACUCUGUUGCCUGGACGCCAGAGUAUAUGUAUCUGUGUGUACUAUAGUUCUGUUUUUCUCAAAACAAAGAUAAUUCAUUUUACAAGA